AUGCCCACGCCGAAGGGCAGUGCUGGUCUCGGAGAAAAUGGUGUCGUUAAUGGCAGUACGAGCGUGAAUACGCGGUCGCGGCAUCGCAAGAUCUCGGUGAAGCAGCGGUUGCGCAUUUAUAAGCCCGCGGACUUGAAGCAUUUGGAUCAGGAGGAGCUGAAGCAGCGCGAAGUGGUGGACGUGAUAGAGACCGGUGUGGAGAAGAGUGAGGAGAAAGAGGUUCAUUUGCAUAGGAUUUUGACUGCGGCGUCUAACCAUGUCAUCACCGCUGACAAAAAGCAGCAGAAGAACUAUAUCCCAACGCCGAGUGCGUCCGCCAAAUGGAGCGAGUUUCAUAAGUUUUACCAGGGGAAGUUUGUAGAGCCGACAACAUACAUUAAGUUCUCAGCGACAGUCGAGGAUUGUGUCGGUGCUCGUUACAACAUCGACGAGAACGACAAGACGUACCUUGAUACAGUGGUAAACGCGGACGGUGAGGUGAAAUUGACGGAGGACGAGUUCGAGUUGCUUUGUACCGCAUUUGAAAACGCAAUCCAUGAACGACAGCCGUUUUUGUCCAUGGACCCGUCAAGCAUACUAACUUUUGAAGAGAUACGCCCGACACUCAACAAGAUCAACGUGGACGAUUCCGGGUUAAGGACCGCCCUCGCAGAGGAAGUAGGGUUUGAGAAGGGUCAGAGGUUUGUGACACAGUUUGAUCCAGCCAACACGGAUGAGAUAAAACCGUUGUUGGAUUUGAUAGAGACUCAUGGAGCGCAGAUUUACGAGUAUUGGAAGGGCAGGAAGAUCGAGGCCAACGGCGGGGAAAUUUUCCCUCAGUUGAAAUUCGAACGACCUGGUGAAAAGGAGGAAGUGGACCCUUACGUUUGUUUCAGGAGAAGAGAAGUGAGACACCCAAGAAAGACAAGGAGACUUGAUGUGGUGAACAGUCAAAAACUGAGACUACUUCAUAGAGAACUGCGACGCGCAAAGGAACUGGCCCUACUCGUGGCUAAACGCGAAAACGACCAAAUGAAACUGUUACAAACGGAGACCAAGAUCUUGGAAGACAGAUGUAGAAUCAAGAAACUGAAAAGAAGCUUGAAUAUAAGCGGCGAUGACGAUGAUCUCGUAAACCAUAAAAGGAAGCGGGCUGCUUUGGUCACAUUGGAAAAGCUUAGACAGAUGGAGGAAGAAGAGGAAGCCAAACGAGCCGCUGCAGCCGCUGCAGCCGCCGCUGCAAUGUCAGACUCCACAGCAACUGCUGCAUCACUGAAGAGGGUCGGGAAGAAUAAAAUCACCAAGAAACAGUUGGAACAACUGACCAAGUCUGGAGAAAAGCUCACAAAACAACAAAUACAGCAACUACGGGCACAAGCAGGUUCUCCUCCAGUAAAGGUAAAGGCACAAUUACAGCCUUCACCACAACCUUCGAUUACAUCUCAUGUCUACGUGAAAUUACCGUCUUCAAAGGUUCCGGAUGUUAUACUCGAGGAUGUGGACAACUUACUUUCCAAUAAGGAGAAAAACGCCCGGAAAUUCGUCCAGGAAAAGAUGGAAAAACGGCGCUUGGAAGAUGGACAUCUUUUCUUCAACCUUACAGACAACCCGUUCAACCCUGUGUUUGAUAUCAGCUUACCCCAAAACAUGUCGACCGCUGAGGCGCCGUUCUCAUCCAUUGCGUCAUCAAAAUUCGAAAUUGACCGCUCUUACUAUGUUAACCAUCUCGAAGAUUACUUGAAAGGUACGACUGAUGAUAUAUCGGUCUUCAACCAAAAUGGAGAGAAAGUUAACAGCAGCCACAACAAACUAAAAAAAGUAGAACUCUACGACCCUUUUCAGGCACGCAACGAGAUACAUUCCAGAGAGUAUCCGGUUAAGUUCAGAAGGCGUAUUGGUCGUUCGAAGUUACAAUAUAUCGACCGCAAACCAAACGUUAGCACCAUCAAUGAUACUGAUUCUGCACUGAACGAAUUUGUAAACUUCGAUGCUAUAGAGGAAGAAUCCAACAUGUCGGCAAAUGACAUCAUAGAUGUUUAUGACUCCAAAACGGACGAAUUAACAAGACUUUACGAUCAGUGGAAAUACGAUUCCCCGAAGAAUGAGUACGGCAUCAAAUUUUCUAAUGAACCUGCCAGACUAAACCAAAUUUCCAAUGAGACCCAGGUGAUUCGAUUUGGUACUAUGCUAGGUACUAAGUCUUACGAACAAUUGAGAAAGGCUACAAUGAAGUACCGCCGAGAGUAUAUCAAUAAAUUGAAACAGCAGAAAAUAACGGCUCAAAAAUUGCAACAGCAACAGCAACAGCAACAACGGCAGCAACAACAGCAACAGCAACAGCAGCAGCAGUCACAACCGGGAGCCAAUGAUACUAAUGGCCAGAUAAACAGGAAUUCGACUCCAAGGCAAUCGUCGAAGUCUCCGAAAGUGAAAGAUACAGCAGUUAAAAAUGAAUCAACGCCUUCAAAACAGACAAACCAUAUCACGCAAAAAAACACGUCAUAA